GGUUUACAAUUGAAGACGUUUUGGGGCAGCUCUUAAGCACCAAAGCAGAUGAAGGCAAAGGCAGGCAAAUGCCAAUUUCUUAUUCCAAACACCAAAUAGGCCUUCACACUAUUUGCACGCCCCUCACCACCCAGGUGCCCCACAGCAUGGGGGCUGGGUAUGCCUUCCGCCUGGGUAAUGAAAAGAGAAUUUCUGUCGGCUUCUUCGGUGAAGGUGCUGCAAGCGAGGGCGACUUCCACGCAGCUGCGAACUUCGCAGCCACUUUAAAAGGAAACACUUUGUUGGUGUGCAGAAACAACGGGUACGCGAUAUCGACUCCCGUGAAGGACCAGUACGCUGGAGACGGAAUAGCGAUAAGGGGAAUAGCGUACGGAAUGCGAACAGUGCGGGUUGAUGGAAAUGAUCUUUUUGCUUCUUAUUUGGCAACAAAAGCUGCCAGAGAACUCAUUUUAGAGACCAAUGAACCCGUCAUGAUGGAGUUCAUGACCUACAGAGUCGGCCAGCACAGCACUUCGGACGACAGCUCGGCCUACAGGCCCGCGGGCGAACUGGAGGCUUGGAACGCCUCGGGCAUUUUGCCGAUUGCGCGUCUGCGGAAGUACCUGACGCAGCAGGGCUGGUGGACGGACGAGGAGGAGGAGGCUUUGCGUCGGGAGGCGCGGGCUGAGAUGCUGCAGAAAAUGAAAGAAGCAGAAAAAAUAAAAAGAUGGAAAGUGACAGAAGGCCUUUUCGAAGAUGUCUGGAGCCACCCUGUACAGACACUCGAAGAGCAAAAGCAAGACUUCCUCAAACACAUGCAAACCCACAAGGACAAGUACGACCUCUCCAAGUACGAGGGCCUCUAA